AUGGAUUUUGGAGAUAAAAGUUGGAUGAAUCUCCGAAGAUCCACCAAUGAAUAUAUUCAUGGAGUUAAUGAUUUUCUUGAUAAAGCAUUUGAACGAGCUUCCCAAGGAAAUGAAAUAUUAUGUCCUUGUAAGAAGUGCUUUAAUCGUAAUUGGCAUUGUCGAGAUAUGGUAGAGGGUCACUUACUUUGUCAUGGAUUUGUUCAUGGAUAUACCAAAUGGGUUUUUCAUGGAGAAGGAUUUUCCUCAAGAAAUACGCCACAUCCAACCAAUGAUGAAGAAACUUCCAACAUGAAUGAUGAUAUUGACAGACUACUUCAUAAUACUUUUAGAAAUGUAGAAGAUGACCAGAGGCAUGAAGGAGUGAGAGAGGGACCAUCUAAAUAUGCAAAGAGAUUUUCUAAAUUAGUGGAGGAAAGGAAAGAAGAGUUGUAUCCGGGGUGUAAGAAUUUUUCUAAGUUGAGUUUUACCAUCCGGUUAUACUUGUUCAAAUGCAUUCACAAGUUGACUGAUGUGGCCUUUUCAGAUUUGUUGGACUUGAUAAGAGAGGCAUUUCCACUUGCUCAGAUACCCGAGUCUUUUUACAAGGCAAAAAAGGUCAUAAAAGAUUUGGGUCUUCAUUAUGAGAAAAUCCAUGCUUGCACUAACGAUUGCAUGUUAUUUUGGAAUGACAAUGCUAAGUUAGAUAAUUGCUCUGUGUGUGGAGCUUCAAGAUGGAAGAAUGUUCGUAAUGACUUAACUAAUAAGGUCACUAAAAUCCCAGUGAAGGUUUUAAGGUACUUUCCUUUAAAGCCUAGGCUUCAGAGGAUAUUCAUGUGUUCUGAAACAUCUGUAGCUAUGAGAUGGCAUGAUACUGAACAACCUAAAGAUGGAAAUUUAAGACAUCCUGCAGAUGGUGAAGCUUGGAAGGAUUUCGAUUCCUUGCAUCCUGAAUUUGCUAAUGAUGCUCGUAAUGUUAGAUUGGGUCUUUCAAGUGAUGGUUUCAAUCCAUUCAGAACUAUGAGCAUUUCCCAUAGCACAUGGCCAGUUAUGUUAAUGAACUAUAAUUUAUCACCAUGGAGUUGCAUGAAGUCAGAGAAUAUUAUGUUGUCAAUGAUUAUUCCAGGUCCAUCAUCUCCAGGAAAUGAUAUAGAUGUAUACUUGCAACCACUGAUUGCGGAGUUGAAGGAACUAUGGGAAGUCGGACUUGAAACAUAUGAUGUUGUAACUAAUCAAACAUUUCAAAUGCGUGCAGCUUUAUUGUGGACAAUUAGUGAUUUUCCAGCUCUAGCAAUGCUUUCUGGAUGGAGCACCAAGGGGAGAUGGGCAUGCCCCACUUGGGUACAAAUUCUUGAAGAGCUUCGUGAAUUCAAUAAUGUUUUUGGAAAGAACAACAAGAAAAGAAAACGAAAGAAUGAUGGUCCAUGGAAAAACAAAUCCAUAUUUUUUGAGUUGCCGUAUUGGGCAACCAACAAAUUGAGGCACAAUCUUGACGUGAUGCACAUAGAGAAGAAUAUUUGUGACAGUUUACUUGGGACUUUAUUGGAUAUACUUGGAAAGUCCAAAGAUCAUAUAAAUUCUCGCUAUGACUUGUAUGAAAUGGGGAUAUGUAAAGAGCUUCAACCUGUAAAAGAUUGUGCUACUGGAAAUAUCCAUCUAGCUAAAGCUUGUUUCUCUAUGAAACCAUCAGAGAAAAAGUUAUUUUGCACCGUCUUAAAAGAUGCCAAAUUACCAAAAGGGUGUGCCUCUAAUAUAUCAAGUCAUGUUCAAAUUGAAGAGAUGAAAGUAUCAGGAUACAAAAGUCAUGAUGCUCAUUUCAUAAUGCAUUACUUGCUCCAGGUUGCAGUCAGAAAAGUGUUACCCAAGAAUGUAUCUAUGGUCUUGAUUAGGUUGGGGAAUUUUUUUAGAGCCAUAUGUAGCAAGGUUAUAAGAAGAAGCGAUCUUGAUAAGAUGAAAACAGAAAACAUAGAUAUUGAAUGCGAGCUUGAAAAGAUUUUUCCUCCGUCUUUUUUUGAUAUAAUGACACAUUUGCCUAUCCAUCUAGUAGAUGAAAUUAAGCUUGGAGGCCCAACUCAUUUGCGUUUGAUGUAUUCUACUGAAAGAACUAUGUGUAAUUUCAAGGAGCUUGUUCGUAAUCGAAAAAAUCCAGAAGGAUCAAUAGUAGAAGGUUUUUCAGCUGUAGAUUGUUUGAACUUCUGUUCGAUACACCUACCUAAUACGGUGAAGACAAGAUUAAGUAGGUAUCAAACGGAGGAUGAUGAGGACAUUCAAACAGAGGAAGGUGAUGUUUCACCUUUAUUUCCUAAGACAGGUCAUCCAAUCGGAAGUGAGAAUAUAAGGAAAGGCAAAUCUAUUAUCAUGGAGCAACAUGAGUGGUUUGAAGCACAUCGAUAUACUUUGUUCAAUACCGGAGAUGAACAAGUAGAGACAUUCAUCAAGGAACAUAAGAGUUUAAUUGAUAAUCGUACUAGAGGAAAUGCAUGGGUAAAAGCACGGGUCCAUAGUAGAGAAUUUGGUGAUUGGUUUAGGAACAAAGUUAAAAAUAUUGAAGUGUCCAAUCAUAUAAGAUGGCUAGCUAAAGGGCCUAACUUUGUGGCAAAAAGAUAUACUAGAUAUUUCAUUAAUGGAUAUCAAUUUCAUACGAAGACACGGGAUGCCCCUUGCAAAACUCAAAAUAAUGGAGUGACUUUGUCAGCAACAACAGAUAGUUUUGCUAGUGCUAGGGACCAAAAUCCCGUCGAUGGAAUGGUUAUCUAUUAUGGAAUUAUUCAGGAUAUCAUUGAGAUUGAUAAUUGGGGUUGCUUUAGUGUUGUACUUUUUAAAUGUGAUUGGUUUCAUAAUGAAGUCGAUGAAUAUGGAUUGACUCGGACCCAAUUGAGAAAAAUGUUUAUUAUGCAAGACAAAGUCCCAGUGGAUUUGUAUGAUUUGGAGGAAGAGAGUUGUCCUAAUAUUGAAGAAACAUUUUGGAGAGAGCCUAAUGAUGAUAUUGGUUCAUCAGAAAGAUUACUUGAUGUAGAUGUUAGAUGGUCGAGAGAAGAUCUCCCUGUUGAUAUCAUCGAUGUUCCUUCCAUUGCACAACAUUCACAAGAUGUAGCAAUGGAAACAUCGGAAGAGGAGGAUGACUUUGAUGAUACUGAUUGGGAUUGGAUGGAAGCUGAUGAUUGA